AUGGGGCAUUCUCCGCAUAUAAAAUUAGUUACGGUGAUGAAAUGUUUAUGCAAAAGUACGCCAGCUGAUAGUGCUGAUGAUUACACUCGUAUGGGUGCUACCACAAUAUACAUGUAUCUAAAAAGAUUUUUCCACACCGUUUGCAUGAAUUUUGGAGCAAGAUAUUUGCGUGAACCCACUCCUGAAGAUGUUCAUAGGUUGCUGGCUGAGAAUGCCGACCGAGGUUUUUCUGGAAUGCUUGGUAGUGUUGAUUGUAUGCAAUGGCCAUGGAAGAAUUGUCUGGUAGCUUGGCAAGGAACUUACCGGGGAUCAAACAACGAUUUGAAUGUGUUGGCACACUCACCCCUUUUUGAUAACAUGCUAAAGGGUGUAGAACCUCCAUGCAAUUAUGUCAUCAACGAUCACCAAUACAAUAUGGGUUACUUCUUAGCCGAUGGUAUCUAUCCAAAGUUGACUACAAUUGUACAAGCUUUUUCUCAGACAUUGGAUAUUCCCAACUUUGUUAGGUUCAACAAGUAUCAAAUGGCUAAAAGAAAGGAUGUCGAGCGUGCUUUUGGAGUGCUUCAGGAAGGAGAUUAUGAUGAUACAUACUUAGAAGAAGAAGAAGUCCCAGGCCAAAACGAGGAUGGAGCAUUUGAGUAUUAUGGAGAUUACAAUAAUCAAACCCCAGAUGAGUUUCAACAAGAAUAUGAACAUGUUAAUGCUUACGGACAUGUGAGAGACGAAUAUCAACAUGAUGGAGAUGACGAUGAGGAUUCUGGUGAUGAGGAGGAUUCUGGCGAUUAUGAUGAGUAUGAGAAGGACGAUGCUGAGGAAGACGAUGAUGAUGAUGCUCCGCACGAUGAUGCGGGAGGAACAUGCUCUGGAUAG